UGCCCGGCACGCCAGCCACUGAGUGCACAGAGAGUGCCCGAGUCUGCAGUCCUCAUGUCAGGUGACACGGGUACCCCAAACCAGGGAGGGACCAGAUAUGGCUCCAUCUCCAGCCCACCCAGUCCAGGGCCACAGCAAGCACCUCCCGGAGGGACCUACCUAAGUGAGAAGAUCCCCAUUCCGGAUACAGAAUCGGGUGCAUUCAGCCUGCGGAAGCUGUGGGCCUUCACAGGGCCUGGAUUCCUCAUGAGCAUAGCAUUCCUGGACCCAGGAAACAUCGAGUCGGAUCUUCAGGCUGGGGCUGUGGCUGGAUUCAAACUGCUCUGGGUGCUGCUGUGGGCCACAGUGUUGGGCUUGCUCUGCCAGCGACUGGCUGCCCGGCUGGGCGUGGUGACAGGCAAGGACUUGGGAGAGGUCUGCCAUCUCUACUACCCUAAGGUGCCCCGCACUCUCCUCUGGCUGACCAUCGAGCUAGCCAUCGUGGGCUCGGACAUGCAGGAAGUCAUUGGCACAGCUAUUGCAUUCAGUCUGCUCUCAGCCGGACGAAUCCCACUCUGGGGUGGUGUCCUCAUCACCAUCGUGGACACUUUCUUCUUCCUCUUCCUCGAUAACUACGGGUUGCGGAAGCUGGAAGCCUUUUUUGGAUUUCUUAUUACCAUAAUGGCCUUGACCUUCGGCUAUGAGUACGUGGUGGCUCGGCCUGCUCAGGGAGCACUGCUUCAGGGCCUGUUCCUGCCCUCGUGCCCAGGCUGUGGCCAGCCCGAGCUGCUGCAGGCCGUGGGCAUCGUUGGCGCCAUCAUCAUGCCCCACAACAUCUACCUGCAUUCCUCCCUAGUCAAGUCUCGAGAGGUAGACCGGUCCCGGCGGGCGGACAUCCGAGAAGCCAACAUGUACUUCCUGAUUGAAGCCACCAUCGCCCUGUCUGUCUCCUUCUUCAUCAACCUCUUUGUCAUGGCUGUCUUUGGGCAAGCCUUCUACAAGCAAACCAACCAGGCUGCGUUCAACAUCUGUGCCAACAGCAGCCUCCACGACUACGCGACGAUCUUUCCCAGGGACAACCUGACAGUGGCCGUGGACAUUUACCAAGGAGGCGUGAUCCUGGGCUGCCUCUUUGGCCCUGCAGCCCUGUACAUCUGGGCCGUGGGUCUCCUGGCUGCUGGGCAGAGCUCCACCAUGACCGGCACCUACGCGGGACAGUUUGUGAUGGAGGGCUUUCUGAAGCUGCGGUGGUCACGCUUCGCCCGAGUCCUGCUCACUCGCUCCUGCGCCAUCCUGCCCACUGUGCUCCUGGCUGUCUUCAGGGACCUGCAGGACCUGUCAGGCCUCAACGACCUGCUCAACGUGCUGCAGAGCCUGCUGCUUCCAUUUGCUGUGCUGCCCAUCCUCACCUUCACCAGCAUGCCCGCCCUGAUGCAGGAGUUUGCCAACGGCCUGGUGAGCAAAAUUAUCACUUCCUCCAUCAUGGUGCUGGUCUGUGCCGUCAACCUUUACUUCGUGAUCAGCUACGUGCCCAGCCUCCCCCACCCUGCCUACUUCAGCCUUGUAGCACUGCUGGCCGCAGCCUACCUGGGCCUCACCACUUACCUGGUCUGGACCUGUCUCAUCACCCAGGGAGCCACUCAUCUGGCCCACAGUUCCCACCAACGCUUUCUGUAUGGGCUUCCUGGAGAGGAUCAGGAGGAGGGGAGGACCUCGGGAUGAACUCCCACCAGGGCCUGGCCACGGGUGGGAUGAGUGACCACAGUGGCCUGCCAGACAAGGGUGUGUGUGUGUGUGUGUGUGUGUGUGUGUGUGCAUGCACAGCAAGAUGGAGAGGGAGUUCACGGGUGGGAUGAGUGGGCACAGUGGCCUGCCAGACAAGGGUGUGUGUGUGUGUGUGCACGCACAGCAAGAUGGACAGGGAAUUCUGGAAGCCGGCCAAGCCAUAGGGACCUGCUAUUUCCUAGCUCAGAUCUCGGUAUUCUUGAGUAUUAAAUGGGGACACC